AUGACGUCUCAGCGUAGCCAUGGUCUCUCACCUGCUUCGAUUGAGACCAUUGCAGGCUUGUCUGCCGGUCUCAUAUCCACUGUGAUUGUCCAUCCUUUGGAUAUCAUCAAAACGAGGUUGCAGGUCGACACUUCCGCCCACCCGCUCCUCAAUUCCUCUCGAGCUGUUCUUCGCGAUAUCUUGCGCAAUGAAGGCCCGAGUCGACUCGCAGCAAUGUACCGAGGGCUGAGCCCCAACCUGGUGGGAAAUUCUGCCGGGUGGGCAUUGUACUUCUUGUGGUACCGUGAAGCUCAAGAUGCUAUCCGAAGCCUCCGAGGCUAUUCUGCCGGUCAACAACUCACGGCUGUCGAUUAUCUCACGGCCUCCUCUGCUUCUGGCCUCCUCGCUGCCAUCCUGACGAAUCCUAUCUGGGUGGUGAAGACGCGGAUGCUCUCCACCUCCGCCUCUCAAGCGGGAGCAUAUCCGGGUUUGAUGUAUGGGCUGCGAGCAAUAUACAGGACAGAAGGGAUACGUGGGUUUUUCCACGGCCUGACUCCUACGCUCGUCGGUGUCAGUCAUGGUUCGCUGUAUUUUGUGGCGUAUGAGAAGCUCAAGUUGUGGCGCAAAAAGUCCAAGAGAGACCAGCCACUUUCGAACCUAGACACCAUCAUGGCUUCUUCAUUGUCCAAAGUCUUCGCUGGGACCGUGACAUAUCCUCAUCAAUUGGUGCGGGCUAGGCUGCAGACAUACGAUCCGAGUGCAACCACACAUGUCAGGGGUCCAGGUGUCAUCGCCUUGAUCAAACAGAUUUGGCGCAACGAAGGUUUCGUGGGCUAUUACAAAGGUCUCUUUCCCAACCUUCUUCGUGUUGUCCCCAGCACAUGUGUCACUUUCCUCGUGUAUGAGAAUACUCGAUGGGCUUUGCCGAGGAUGUUUGGAGGUGUGGAGGAGGAGCCCGCCAUCGCCACGGGGGUGGCGCGAAAAGGGGAAAGGCCCCUGUGA